CCGCGCGCCCCGCCCGCCUGUCACGCGACCCGCCGCGCCGCGAGUGCUUUGCAAGUGAUGUCGACUUGUGACUAGUGCCAUGCUCGUGCUGCGCUGUGUCCUGCUGGCGGCACUGGUCGCCGCCGCCGCCGCCGCCUGGCAGGAGAACGUCAGGCCCAAGGUCUUCGCACAAUUAGGAGUCGACGACACGCACAAGUUUUUGGGAAACGAUACACACACUGAUUACUUCAGAUUAUUAUUAAGGGAUGGGAAUUAUCUCCUGGUCGGCGGCAGGAAUGUGGUCUACAACCUCAGUUUGACAGACCUGACGGAGCAGCGUCGGCUGGUCUGGUACUCGCCUGAGAAUGACGUCAAAAUGUGCGUCGUCAAAGGAAAGGACGAGGAGAGCUGUCAAAACUACAUCCGCGUCCUCGUGUCGCUGGGCACGGGCCGGCUGCUGGUCUGCGGGACCAACAGCUUCCGUCCCUUCUGUCGGGAGUACAGCGUGCAGCGCGACUCCUAUCACAUGGAGAGAGAGAAGUCGGGCCAGGCCGUCUGCCCGUACGAUCCCGAGCACAACUCCACUGCCGUGUAUGCUGAUGGCGAACUGUAUUCAGGUACAGUCGCAGACUUCAGUGGCAUGGAGCCGAUCAUCUAUAGAGAACCAUUACAAACGGAGCCGUACGAUUCAAUGACGUUAAAUGCUCCGGAUUUCGUAAAUUCUUUAGUGCACGGGAAUUUCGUGUAUUUCUUCUUCAGAGAAACAGCUGUUGAGUACAUCAAUUGUGGCAAAGCUGUAUUUUCUCGUGUCGCUCGUGUUUGUCGGGACGACCGCGGCGGUCCUCACCGGUUCAAGCAGCGCUGGACCUCAUUCCUCAAAUCCAGACUUAACUGCUCAGUAGCCGGCGACUUCCCGUUCUACUUUAACGAAAUACAAUCGACUACAGAGUUGAUUGAAGGCGUGUACGGUGGGCUCAACGCCCAGCUCAUAUACGGCACCUUCACGACUCCACCGAACAGCAUAUCGGGCAGCGCGGUCUGCGCGUUCAGCAUGCAAGACAUAGCUGACACCUUCGAAGGAACCUUCAAGGAACAGAACGCUAUCAAUUCUAAUUGGCUGCCUGUGAAUAGUGCUAAGGUCCCGGAACCUCGUCCGGGGACAUGUCACAACGACUCCAGGCAGCUUCCGGACCAGACGCUGAACUUCAUCAAGACGCACGCGCUGAUGGACGAGUCUGUGCCGGCAUUCUUCGGAGAACCUAUUGUUAUAAGAACUAGUUUUCACUAUCGAUUUACGCAAAUAGCCGUAGAUCCACAAGUGAAGACUCCUGGAGGAAAAGCGUAUGACGUCUUGUUCAUUGGCACAGACAACGGCAAAAUCAUAAAAGCCAUCAACGCGGUUUCCUACGACUCCAACAAGAGAGCAGUUCCCGUCGUGAUCGAGGAGCUGCAGGCGUUCGCGGCGGGCUCGCCCGUGCGCGCGCUGCGCGUGGCCCGCGCCGGCCGCGACGCCGCGCGCCUCAUCGCCGUGUCCGACCGCCAGGUGCUCAGUCUCAGGCUGCACCGCUGCUCCAGCGAGAAGAUUAGCUCCUGCUCCGAAUGCGUGGCGCUCCAAGACCCGUACUGCGCGUGGGACAAGCAGGCGGGUCGCUGCCGCGCUUUCUCUCACGGCGUCAGUCGUUGGCUCGACGAGAACUCCUUUUACCAGAGCGUCAGCACCGGCAGCCAUGCUGCCUGUCCUCACAGUAAAGACGCCGGUGCAGUAGGUGGUCUCAGUUCUGGUCUAUAUGAUGACGCCAGAGGUGAGACGAAAGGAGAGGUCAUCAACAUUGUACAAGACAAGGAUGGAAAAGGAGGGAGCGGGAGCAACGAAGGUCCCGAAGUCCUAGCAGCCGACCCUCCCCCAGCCGCGUACUCCGUGGAGACGCUGGCGCUGGCGGUGGCGGCGGGCGCGCUGGCGGCGCUGGGAGCAGGGUUCGCUGCCGGGUACAUCUGCGGGAGAAGGUGCAAGAAGGAUGAUGACGAUAACAUGCCUUACCCGGAUACAGAGUACGAGUAUUUUGAACAGAGGCAGAAUAUUAAUAGGAUCCAAGCCGAGCCCAAGCUGCUGCAGCAGGUGGAGGAGGUGACGUACGCGGAGCCGGUGCUGGCGCCGCAGCCGAAGCCGGCGUCGCCGCGCGCCACGCUGCGCAAGCACCCCCCCUACCACCCGCACCACGAGACGCUGUUCCAGUUCCAGCCCGACGCCUACCGCCGCGACAACUUCGGAACACUCCGCUCACAUCAGGUCAAUGGCGAUGGGUACCGGCGCGGCAAUGACAAUGGCUUCUCAACCACGCGCUCAGUGAAGAAGGUGUACCUCUGAGAAACAAGCGGGGCGGACUCGCGCGACCAAAUGCACCAUCAGAAACAUAAUACGCACCACCACCAUACGUUGGUGUCCCAGCGCAGCAGUGGCUCGGGCUCCGGGUCGGCGAGCGGCGGCGGGUCGUCGUCGUCGCCGUCGCCGCCGUCGUCGUCGCCGUCCCCGUCGGGCGAGCGGCCGCCGACGCCGCCGCCCCCCGCGCCGCAGCCCUGCGCCUACAUCUACCGCAACUAGCGCGCCGCCCCGCACACACACUCAGUGACAGAGACACCCUGUGACGACUACCCACACACACACUACCAGUGAUAGAGACACCUGUGACGUCGACACAUUCCAAAUUUUUGUUAACGAAAUUUGAAACUGUGACGGUUAUCCGAACGUGUUUUGUUAUCGACUGACAGUGACUACUACGGAUAUGACGUCAUCUCGCUUUUCGAACGUUGUUAGCGUUUUUGAACGUAACGAAUUACUUAUCGAUUUGUAACUUGAAAGAGUAUGUGGAUUGUUAAAUCAAUUUAAAAUGAGUAUAAAACAUUCUUCCAUGAAAACAAAUUAUAUACGUACUGGUGUUAUUCUACAAUCUAAAUGGAUCGUAUCUAUCAGAGGAUGUGAGACAAAUAUGUAUUUUUUUUAAAAGACGGAACAAUAUUAUCGAUUGAUGUAUGUAAGAUGAAUAAUGUAACAAAUUGUAGAUUGUUUAGAAUAUACAUAGUUUACAAAUAAAGUAGGUGAAAAUAUAAGUUUUUGUUGGUAACAUGUUAACGAAUAGUUAAUUUGAGAAUGUGAUUGUCAUUGCAGUUCUUUUCAAAUUCGCUCUGUUCAAUCUGCAUUUGAGAAUUGCAAUGGAGUCACUGUGACGCUUUUUUACAUAACUACUAUUUUUAGCAUACGUCAUUAAAUAUAGGGAAGUUCUCUUAUUCUAAAGUUUUAGCGUUAUUAUAACUCGACAACAUUAAUCGCAACACCACAAAUUCACCCGAAAAUCUAUAAAUGAGAAUAUUUUGUUGGCAUGACAUUACGAUAGGUGUUGUUUAGUGUUGCCAAGUUAUAUCUAUUCUAGUUUAAACGAUGAUUAUAAACAUUAUAGUUGAAAAACAAUGACAUUAUAAAAAAAAAACACAAAAUAUGAUAUAAAUUAUAUUUACCAUGUAUAAAAUGAUAUGUAAAGUUCUGAUACUUAUUCAUUCAUUAAAAAGUGCUUCUUAUGGGUGUAUUUAGAUUACUAGGAGAUCGUUUUGAUAAUUAUUGGAUAAUGUUAUAGAUUUAGCGAUUAUGUAUACAUAGAUACAUAUUAUAAUAGUUAAGACGGCACUGUGAUGCCACAUUGCCAAUUUAGAUUGUUGGUGCGCCAUUGUAAGUUACAACCGGUAACUGUGAUCAUUGUGUACAUACAUUCUGUGACACUAACGUCUCAUUUUGUCUACUGUCGUUUCUAUAAAUUAAACUUUCCAGAAAUGUGGGCCAAAACGUUUGUAAAAUCCUCUUUCGAAAGACGUUCCUGUUGCUAAUUUUGUAAUCGCCGCGGUUAUGUAGUUAUUCCCUUGUUAAUACCGGCUUCAUCAAGUUCAUUUGUAAACUAGCUAGCUGUUACUUUUCAUCCCGAAAUGUAUAGUGUUCAACCUCAUCUUCGCUCAUUGUUGACAAUUGAAUGUAUGUAAAGAAAAUGUCAAUUCUAUUUGUAAUGACUUAGUGCCUAAGUGUGUGUGACAGGAUUGUAAUUUGUACAAUACAAUGAUUCAGUUUUUGUUCUGGACUGAUGUUAGAGCGGAAUAAAGCGCCAUUAGAGUAGCGAUUACAGUAGACAAGACGUAAAGAAACUAUAGAUGUUGCCUCAGAACUCUCUCGAGAUCUCCGUCACUGUGCACACUACACCGUGCACUUGGCUAUUCGUUUUCCAACACGAAUUGUGAUACCUGGAGGUCACACUCGUCAGAGUAAUCCGGUAACAUACAAAACAUAAUUUUUAUACGCCAUAAUAAUAAAAAAAGGCAUUCUCAACAUUGCCUUCAUAAUACUCAUGUUUAAUUUCAUUUAUAUAAUACCAAAGAUGCCAUGAUUUUAAUGUAAAUUAUUUAUUUAUAGUAGUGAUUGCUAAUAACGUAUAUUACUUAAUCAAGUUGUUAUUUUAUAUGAAUAUAACUGCCAAUUUGUAUACUUAUUUUAUAAUUAACCAAAGUAACGCACACAUUGUUUUUUAAAUUAUAAAUCCAUGCCAUUUGUAGAGAUGCUUUUACAUGGCCGUAAUUGUUUGGAAAUUGUAUAAUGAGUUACAGACUGCGAAAAUGGCAAACUUUUUUGUAAUAUUUUAAACUUAUAAGCUUGCAGUCCUUAGUCAUUUAGUGAAUAAAGAUUAUUAUGCUGUUACAGAUUUACUGUUAUGACGUAAGAGUUGUAUGUAUGUAUAGACCGUUAUACCUGGCCCGCUAGCGACGCGCUUCCUUUGAAGUCGUCGAGUAAUACUUAGGGUUGCCUUCAAUACUUGGAUAAACAAUCUUCACGUUAUUGCCAUUUUCACAGUUUGUAAUGCGAAAUUAAUUAACACGUACAUACGUAAGUGAGGCUAGCACUUGUAAAUAGCAAGUUCUGUAAUGUAACGUUAGAUUUCGUCAAGUAAAUUAAGCGUUAGAGUUUAAGCGCAAGACAUUUUUGAAAGGUGAAUUGUUAAGAAUUGUUUUUGUAAAACUAAAGAUAUUGAUGAAAUGUACAAUAACCAUUUCUACGUUUAAAUUACUGAACCACCUUUUUAUACUCGUAAAGUUAAUUGUAACCGUAAACAUGCCUGAGAAGUCUCUUGUAUUAAGCAUAAAAUAUUGAUUUAUAAUAUAUUGAGAAUUAUAUAGAUUGUAUCGUAUGUAGACUAUUAUAGACCGCUUAAUUUUGUUUGGAACUCGAAGCCUUAGUGUUAGAAAUUGAAGACUUUUAUUGAAAUAAAGAACUAAGUAACUGUAAUAACAGAGGUUGGAUUGGAAAAUGAUCCGCAACUUUUAUUAAUAUAAUGUUAAGGUAUAGCUCGUUACGUCACGUUACUCUCAGACUAUCCAUCACAUACUAAUCUAUGUUAUAGCAUGUAAAUACGAGGGUUGAGUUUUGAAUGAGGAGGGUAUGCGCCACUUUUCACUGAGACCAAUGUGCCCUGUACUAUGAACUCUUAAAAGAAUACUGUUAUCAUUAUGGAAGUUAGAUGACGCAAUAAAUGGAUGGCGGCAUCUCGCUUCCACUACGGCAAAAGUCUUUAUUUAAAAAUUCAUAAUAUGGGCACUGGUAUAAUGUUUACGCAACACGCUAUUCGUUUAAGAUUUUACAAAACGUUAAAGUAUAUACCCUAAAUUAUAUUCACUUUAAAUGACUAAUGCCUUAGUGCAGACUAGAGGAUAUGCCACGACUCUCAGUGAACUGUAGGCCUCACACGAAAGGACAAUUGUUUUCGCUGCGUGUGCAAUAUUUUUCUACUUGAAAGUUUUCUCGGAAUUCUAAUUUCAAAAUUGUUGCAUAGAAUUUUAAAAUUAGAAUUGUAACCGCAACGCAUAUUUGUGUUUACUACGUGAAGAAAUCUUUACCACAAAAUGUUUAACGAAAAUAUUAGGUAGAUAUAGAAUAUGAAAUUGAGAAAGCUGCUAAUAUUUAAAAUGCAUGUAGAGCCAUUUAUUCAUAUUUGUCACCUGAACCCUGACAAAGAUUAAAAGUAUUUUGUGGUAAAGAGACGCGGGACGGUAAAAUAUGAAGUAACUAUGGGAAGUGCCUAACUAUAUUACCUAUUUGCACCUGUAGUAUUAACGGAACCCCGUUAGCUCCCAUAAACCGACCAUUAUCUCAUUACCAGAUUUUAUAUAAGCGUUUGCUUUAAAUUAAAUCUAUGUUUCGUCUUGCAAAAUAAUGCCAAAGGCAAAACACAGGUUAAAUUAAACUGUUGACUUCCAUGCUAAAUGGUAGUGAGUUUCUAAUAGUGUGCCUUUAGUAUCGCAUAGUGACCGCCCUUUAGAAACUCGAAAAAAGAAAAUUGGAUUAGGUACUUAUCUAUCCAUUUAUUUUUGAACCUCAUGAACAGUCAUUACUUCGUACAAUUUUACUAGUAGUCAUAACGUAUACGUCAUCAUUUACAGAUAAAUUCACUUAUUACAUUACCUGUUAUUCCAAUUCACUAUGUCUAUACCUGAUGAUAGUUUGGUAAUAUAAUAUCCCUAUGAUUAUAAAUUACCUUUUCAUUCACUCAUACAUUUUUCUGUACUCUCUUAUGAUGAUUUGCUCUUUACUCCAGCGACAUUAAAGGUGAUGUAGCCUCUGUUCUGAUUAUACUCUUUGCCUUGUCCUCUCACUUUGUUACAAAGAGGGACGGAGCACAGACUAGACUUAAAACAGAGACUAAAUUUAGUUUAUUUUAAGGCAUAGGUUUAAGUAGGGGUUUUAUAAAUAAUAAUGCAAACGCAAUUGCAGUGAUAGAACUGUUACACCUUAUUCGCUGCCCGUAUUUAUAGAGUGCAAUUUUUUUAUAACUAGAGACAAAUAGAUUGUAAAACAUUGAUUUGCAAAAUAUGAAAUAGUGAGCUCGGUGGGAGCAAAGUUUUAUAUUUUACUCUUCAUUGUUUCAAAUGUUAUGAUCAUUUUCUCAUUAAAAUAUUAUUAAUAUUAUGCUAAAUAUUUUAGCAAAGGAUAAAAUGUAUUCCUUUUCUUUAGUAAAUAAAAUAUUGAAACUCGAAAA